AUGCAAGUGGUGCCUGAAUAUUGCAGAUGUUAUCAGCUGGACAAUGAUCCCUGUGCCGACAAGCCCAAGUUCAUCCGCCGCGAUCUCUGUCCAAAUGUUGAGUCCUUCUUCCUGGAGGCGGUGGUUAACGCCAGUCAGACCUAUGACACCGACUAUGACGUCGCCACUGCUAUAAAGCAAUGCUUGGACACGAAGUUCGGCCCGCAAUGGCAUGUGGUCGUGGGAGACAGGUUUGGCAGACCUGAUGUGACAGUCAGCGGUUCAUCGACUACCACUGCACACACCCGUAAGCACACGAUGCAAGUAGCAAAGCCAACCUGCGUAUGUCUGCCGCCGAAAGUAGAUCCCUCUAGCGAGAAACCUCACUUCGUCCGCAAGGACCUCAACGAGAAAUUGGAUUCUUUCUUCCUGGAGGUGGUGUAUCGCGCCUCCGCCAUUUAUGACACCGAAGUGGAACUCUGCUCAGCUAUAAAGCAAUGCCUAGACAAAAAGUUCGGCCCACAGUGGCAUGUGGUGGUUGGCGAAGCCUUUGGCAGUCACUUCGAACAUGAACCACUCGGCUUUGCCUGCGUCGAGUACAAGGGAAAGUCUUUCCUAAUGUUCCGCUUCGGUUAA